AUGUCACGCUUCUGCCUUCACUUCGACCCCGACCCCAGAACCCUCCGUCAGCCAAUCAGUAGCCUUAGUAGGGUCGCGGCCAGGGGAGUGGGGUCGCGGCCAGGGGAGUGGGGUCGCGGCCAGGGGAGUGGGGUCGCUGCCAGGGGAGUGGGGUCGCGGCCAGGGGAGUGGGGUCGCGGCCAGGGGAGUGGGGUCGCGGCCAGGAGAGUGGGGUCGCGGCCAGGAGAGUGGGGUCGCGGCCAGGGGAGUGGGGUCGCGGCCAGGAGAGUGGGGUCGCGGCCAGGAGAGUGGGGUCGCGGCCAGGGGAGUGGGGUCACGGCCAGGGGAGUGGGGUCACGGCCAGGGGAGUGGGGUAGCAGCCAGGGGAGUGGGGUCACGGCCAGGGGAGUGGGGUCACGGCCAGGGGAGUGGGGUAGCGGCCAGGGGAGUGGGGUCACAGCCAGGGGAGUGGGAUCACAGCCAGGGGUCACAGCCAGGGGAGUGGGGUCGGGAGUGGGGUCGGCCAGGGGAGUGGGGUCGCGGCCAGGGGAGUGGGGUCGCGGCCAGGGGAGUGGGGUCGCGGCCAGGGGAGUGGGGUCGCGGCCAGGGGAGUGGGAUCGCGGCCAGGGGAGUGGGGUAGGGAGUGGGGUCGGCCAGGGGAGUGGGGUCGCGGCCAGGGGAGUGGGGUCGCGGCCAGGGGGUGGGGUCCGGCCAGGGAGUGGGGUCGCGGCCAGGGGAGUGGGGUCGCGGCCAGGGGAGUGGGGUCGCGGCCAGGGGAGAGUGGGGGGGAGUGGGGUCGCGGCCAGGGGAGUGGGGUCGCGGCCAGGGGAGUGGGGUCGCGGCCAGAGUGGGGUCGCGGCCAGGGGAGUGGGGUCGCCAGGGAGUGGGGUCCAGGGGAGUGGGGUAGCGGCCAGGGGAGUGGGGUCACGGCCAGGGGAGUGGGGUCACGGCCAGGGGAGUGGGGUCACGGCCAGGGGAGUGGGGUAG